AUCCCCACUCCCUAUUGCUAUUCAAUGCAGAUCCAGUACGCAAUUCCCCCCCAAAAUAGAAGUACCGGUACGGCGCUCCGGACUGCUCUGACCCAAGUCAAGCACGACAGUCCGUUGCAGUGUUUCACGUCAUGCUCCAUCUAACUUCAUUGUUCGAUUUCACGGAAUUGCCGGCAUCACUCAAUGAAAUACAAUUAUUGAUUGCACUCUCUCCUAGCUCUCCCCGUCCCUCCUACUUCUCCCUCUCUCGUUUCUUUCCUGAAGUACUGCAGGGAGAGAACAGCAUCGAAAAAAACACCAUCAGACAGCAACUACCUCAGUUCUACAGUGGGACACCAGCACAUUUACAUUCACAAGACACAAGAAACUCGCCUGGUGCAAUGGCUAACAACCAGCGAAAUCCACUUUUCCUCUCUCCUUAAACAACGCUUGACCAAUGAACACCACAGCCAGUGAGGGUAACUUCCUGUUGUGACUGCAGACUUCAGGGUUUUCCUUGCAUCUCCAGACCCACCACUCUGAUCUGCUCCCAAACCUCUCUGCCGGAUUCCAUCCAUCUCCCUCCGCCCUCUUCUUACCCCCCUGUACUCCCACCCCUGAACGUCCAUCAGAGCUAAAAUGGACGACAGCUACGAAAGCAGGACUUCCUUAGUGAAGGGGGCCAAGGACAUCGUCAAGGAGGCCAAGCGGCACGCUGUGAAAAAGGUCAACAAGGUCGUGGACAGCACCACAGACGAGUACUCCCAGCGCAAAUACAGCCGUUUCGAGGACGAGGUGGACGAGGGGGACGACUUUUACCGUAACCCUCCCAGGCAGGAUGGAGGCUACAAUGACAACGACCAGGCCAGUGAUGCCAGCGACGCCACAGAGGGCCAUGAUGACGAAGAUGAGAUCUACGAAGGUGAGUACCAGGGAAUCCCAGCGGCCGGAGACAGGCGGGCCAGGGAGGGGCAGGUGGCUCUGGGGCAGCCCGUCACAGACAGCCUGAAGGACCGUAAGGAGCUGGAGCAAGAGAGGCAGGCGGACGAGGAGGAACUGGCCCAGCAGUAUGAGCUGAUCAUCCAGGAGUGUGGCCACGGCAGGUUCCAGUGGCAGCUGUUCCUGGUACUGGGCCUGGCCCUCAUGUCGGAUGGGGUGGAGGUGUUCGUGGUGGGGUUCGUUCUACCCAGCGCCGAGACGGACAUGUGUGCUCUGGGUGGCUCAAACUCCAGAUCUGGAUGGCUAGGCAGUAUUGUGUACCUGGGGAUGAUGGUGGGGGCGUUCUUCUGGGGGGGCAUGUCGGACAAGGUGGGCCGCAGACAGUGUCUGCUCAUCUGCAUGUGUGUGAACGGCUUCUUCGCCUUCCUCUCCUCCUUCGUUCAGGGUUAUGGCAUCUUCCUACUCUGCCGCGUGAUCGCAGGCUUUGGAACAGGGGGAGUUGUACCCAUCGUCUUCUCCUUAUUUGCGGAGGUGCUGUCCAGAGAGAAGAGAGGGGAGCACCUGAGCUGGCUCUGCAUGUUCUGGAUGAUUGGAGAGAUCUAUGCUUCAGCCAUGGCCUGGGCCAUUAUACCACACUACGGCUGGAGUUUCAGUAUGGGUUCUGCCUACCAGUUCCACAGUUGGAGAGUGUUUGUGGUCGUCUGCGCCCUGCCCUGCGUUUGUGCUGUUGUGGCUCUCACUUUCAUGCCCGAGAGCCCCAGGUUUUACCUGGAGGUGGGGAAGCACGACGAGGCUUGGAUGAUCCUCAAGCAGAUCCAUGACACCAACAUGCGAGCGCGUGGGCAGCCGGAGAAAGUCUUCACCGUGAACAGAAUCAAGAUCCCCAAGCAUUUGGAUGAGCUGGUGGAGAUUAAAUCAGAGUCGGGGAACCCAGUCUCCAAGGCCCUCUUCAGGUCCAAGACAGAGCUAUGUGGGAUCUGGGUUAACUUUAUGAAGUGUUUCGACUACACUCUGAAAGAAAGCACUAUCAAGCUAGCUAUUGUGUGGUUUACUCUGUCCUUUGGGUACUACGGCCUGUCUGUGUGGUUCCCUGACGUCAUCAAGCACCUCCAGGCAGAUGACUACGCAUCCAAGGUGAAGAUCCACAGCAACGAACGCAUCGAGGACUUCACCUUCAAUUUCACCAUGGAGAACCAGAUCCACACCAAUGGUGUCUUCAUCAACGACAGAUUUGUUAAUAUGAAGUUGAAGUCCAUCACCUUCAUUGACUCCACCUUCCGUAACUGCUACUUUGACGACGUGACGUCGGUGGGAUCCUACUUCAGGAACUGUACCUUCAUCGAGGCGUUCUUCUACAACACUGACAUCGAUGACUCCAAACUGAUAGAUGACACAGAGGUGAUCAACAGCACGUUUCACCACAACAAGACGGGCUGUCAGAUGACAUUUGAUGACGACUACAGCGCCUACUGGGUCUACUUCAUCAACUUCCUUGGAACUCUGGCUGUUCUGCCCGGCAACAUCGUCUCGGCACUGCUCAUGGAUAAAAUCGGACGCCUUUCCAUGUUAGGCGGCUCCAUGGUUCUGUCAGGGGUCAGUUGUUUCUUCCUGUGGUUCGGCACCAGUGAGUCGAUGAUGAUCUUCAUGCUGUGCCUUUACAACGGCCUGAGCAUAUCAGCCUGGAACUCACUGGACGUGGUCACCACAGAGUCCUUCCCUACAGACAGAAGAGGGACAGGUUUUGGGUUCUGUAACGCUUUGUGUAAGCUGGCUGCAGUGUUGGGAAACCUGAUCUUUGGUUCUCUGGUUGGCAUCACCAAGUCCAUCCCCAUCCUCCUGGCCUCAUCUGUGCUGGUGUGUGGAGGCCUGGUGGGGCUCCGGCUGCCUGAUACCAGGGCCAACGUACUCAUGUAGCCCCAGGAAGGACCACCUGGCCUGUGGAAGACUUGGGCCAAACCUGGUGCAAAGGGUUUGCUUCAAACAUGUCCUAUGGAUGUUUGAGAUUUGAUUUGCUUAUUGCCGCUUGUGGUCUCAAAGGGAGUUCAAUUGCAUAACUCCCCACCCCCACCCCAUAUUGCUACAAAACAGUAUAUCUACUUUCACUUUAUCAAUUUACGUAUGUACAAGACACAACCCAAGCUCCAGACCAUCUGCACAAUUCCCUGGUGUCAAAGGGAAACUCCUAUUUAUUAUUGAAUGUAAUAUUUGGGGAUGUCACAACGCCCCUUCCAGGAUGGAAUGAUGUCACUCAAUAUUUUCAUGUUAUUUCAUCAUGAUAUAAUCAUAAGAGUUAGUGGGGUAUAUAUUUUAGUGAAGCUUGUGGUGAGCAUUGUUCAGGGGAAUUGAUGGUCAGUUGUUCAUGACUGAUUGAUGGCCAGGCCAUUGCCUGUGGAUUAUGUCCAUCCAUCCCCGUAUAGUACUGGCUGUGAAGGGAACUACUGUAUAUGGGUCCUGUAGUUGGCUGAAGUAGACUCUAUAUCAGUGUCAAGGCCUGUUCGCUAUGAGCUGGCUUGUGAAGUCAGUACUGAGUUAGUGCUAUGUGAGUUGUAUAGAUGUCAGUAGCGCCUGUUGCUUUGUAUCUUAUGAGCAGUAACUUCCAGGCAUGUUUGUCUGGAGUCAUUGCAGGGGCAGGGUUAGUGCUGUACAUAUGAAUGCGUUCUUAUUAGGCCAGGACAGAUGGAGGAGAGAGGGGAUAACAAGCUGUUCUGAGCACAGCCACCCUGCAGUGGGAGAGACAGGGGAAUAGAUGAUCAGAAAGACUGGAGACCACACAGCUGCAACACAGCUGGCUUAGACAGACAGGCCCAGGGAGAGAACAAGAGUAUUUCUGGGCCACUGAGUGUAGAUGGAUCUUUGUCAGGCUUGACGUGUUCUCACAUAAUGUUUCACUUGUAAUGUCUGCUAGAUAUACGCACAUACCCUGAACUGUCAACCAUGAAGAGUCAUGGUGAUGGACAGGUCUUAACUAAGCUAAGCUUCUCCCAGAUAACAUCUGAAACUAUAAUAAUGUGUUUGUUGUCAGUUGUGGCUAUUUAUUUAUUAGUUUACACUGACAGAUGCAUAAAGAUGUGUUUUUAUUACAGUGUUCUGCCCCACUCUACCACAGUCAUAUAUAAACACUCAAUGUCAAAGCCCUUUGCACCAGCUCUCUAGGCCAUAUUGAAUAACUUGAUUUGUUGUUAUUUGAAGUGUACAUACUAAAUGUAUCAAUAUGUUAAUAUUUAUGUUUUUUUUGCGGGUAUGUAUCUGCAGCUGUUCUAAAGAAUUUGUUGGGAGAAAUGUAAGAAUCCAAUUUUUUUGUAUCUACUCUUCUUCUCCUAUGUGUUGUAUUGUAUGCAGACUUCCUGAUUGGGAUUUAUUUAUGUUCAGCCUUUGAUUUGGCGUUUCUCUUCGGCACUGACUUUGUAAUGACAUGUCAGGCUGCUUCCUUUUCAAGAUACUGAAUGGCCUUUUUUUUUAAAUGUGCCUCUUCUUCACCGGAGCGUUCUCCUCAUAGACAACAGAACAGGAGACUGAAGGGUACAGGAGGUAAACAGGAAGUGAACUCUGUGUGUGUGUGUGUGUGUGUGUGUGUGUGUGUGUGUGUGUGUGUGUGUGUGUGUGUGUGUGUGUGUGUGUGUGUGUGUGUGUGUGUGUGUGUGUGUAUGAUGUCCCUUCUCACUACGGUCAACAUUUUCAAGUACUGUACAUCAUCACAUUGUGACGUGUAAAAGGUACAACCUCCAUAUCAGUUUAAAAAAAGAUGCCCUCCCCUCAGAUGAAGUUGGAAGACAAUAUUAUUUUAAAACUGGAUUGGAAAAUAUCAAAUGUUAUUUAGAGCAAUAAGUAAGUAGUAAGUAAGUAAGUUAGUAACUGCUUGCAUAAGAGUGACCCCCACAAGACGUAAUUGAAGUGAAAUUACGUGAAAACAACGUUGAUUCAACCAGUGUGUGCCCAGUGGGAAUGCAUUUGCGUGGAUAUUUUAAGCAAUAUUUAAACCGUUUUACAACAUUGAGUAAACUAUUCCAGUGCUUGUUAUUAAAAAAAACACGUGACAAUUUGGAAGACAUUUUGGAAUCAGUAACAAAACAGUAUUUUUCAAAAUGUUGUACACAUAAUUCAGUACGUAGCACAUGUAUAAAUCUUUUCACUGUAUAAUGGCAUUGCAUUAGUGCUGUACACUGCAUAAUGUUUCAGUCUCUAAAUUCUCACCCAAAGUUGACAAAUGCGUCUGACGUUGAUAAGGCAUCCUGCAGGUAGCUGUCGUUACUGUAAGCAGUAUGAUCACCAGACCUCAGUCUCAGGUCUACAUCUCUACAUGGCUCCUUAGUAUUAUCUGUGGCUUUACUGCCUGUGUAGCUCUCCUGUUCCCGUGUGUGUCGUAUCUGUGAGUAUAUCGUAGUGUUCGUAGUCCACUGUAUCAAAACUGAGGUCUGCUUGCCCCCUCCUUAUUUUAGCUUUACAUCAUCUCGGAUAUGGUAAAGUCUGUUUGCUGAUUGUUUGCUUCUUGGUAUGCACUACAAAUGAUCAACCGCUGACUUGUUGAUGCUUUCAUGAUGUUAUAAGUGAUGACAUAAUCAAUGGAACUUGAGUAUUUAUAGUAACAACAUUCUGAUUGGGCUUGUGUCAAACCAACGCUACUGACUGACUGCUGUUAAUAUCUCAGCAGUGUAGUGCAUACAAUAAGAUACCAGUUAUUUAUGAACAAGGAUUGCAGCUGUAUGGUGGUACUGGAUGUGUUAAACCUAGCGUCUUAGCCUAAUUGUGACAGCAUUGCCUGUGGUAUCUUACAAAGGAUGAAUAAGUGUCUCUCUUUUUUUGUGUGGGUGUGUGGUUUGGUUUCACUAUCACUGUGGGGACCAGAAGUCCUCACAAGGAUAGUAAAACAAGGAAAAUCUGGACAGGUAUGGACAUUUCGCCAGUCCCCACCAGGAAAAGUCCUAUGUUUGGCUUAGAGGUUAGGUUAGGGAUAAGAGUUAGGGUUAGGCUUAGUUUUAGGGCUAACGUUAGAGUUAGGUUAAGGGUUAGGGAAAAUAGGAUUUUGAAUGGGAAUAAAUAGUUUGGUUCCCACAAGGAUAGUAAAACAAAUGUGUGUGUGUGUGUGUGUGUGUGUGUGUGUGUGUGUGUGUGUGUGUGUGUGUGUGUGUGUGUGUGUGUGUGUGUGUGUGUGUGUGUGUGUGUGUGUGUGUGUGUGUGUGUGUAUUGUACAUAUCAAUGCUGUAGUUGGUGGACUUCUGAGUUAAAUCUGUAUGCUUUUUGAUUGACUGAUGCCUCUCCAGCUGUGUUCAAGCGAUAAAUCCAUCUAUCCAUGUUCUACGUCUGUGUUUCCUUGGCUAAAAGCCACAUGUCCUCUACUACUGUGUGUACAAACUUGCAUGUGUGUAUGAAACUUCUCUUUUUUUGUGCUCAACUUUGUGUUCUUAUUGUAUUCUUCUGCCAGAGGAAGAGAAAAUGUAGAUUUUUGGAAGAAAAAAAGUGAAUGUAUCACUCGUCAGUUUUUUGGGGACAUUUUUUUAAGUGAACAAUGGUGUGGGCUCAGAUGAACAAAUGUGUGGGCUCAGAUGAACAAAGGUGUGGGCUCAGAUGAACAAAGGUGUGUACAUUAUUGUGAAGGGCAUGCCAGUUGUGGGAUGACUGUAUGUACAGACGGCUAUAAACAGGAAGCUGAGUAGAGAAACAUUUGCCAAAUGAUGCCCUGUGAAUAUUGUUUUAAUUAUAGAAGAAUGGCAGGAAUUGCAAAUAGUGCUGCUUAUGAGCAUCAAGUAUAUGAAAUAAAGAUUUAUGUUCUCUAGCAAAUUCAA